CGCCCAAUAACAGUGUGAAGCUCCUCUAGUCUUCACCUCUUAAAAAAAGACGAGUGGCUUCUUCGCAUUGCUUUCAUUUCCCUCUCACCUCUCUUCCAUGCAACUUUUGUUUGCGGAUACUUGAGGCCUCUAUCCAUAUCGCAAAUGGCUCAUUCCCAUGUCCCCGAAUUUGGAAACUGGGAGAGCGGAGAAAAUGUCCCCUACACACAGUAUUUCGAGAAUGCAGUUAAAACCAGAGGAACUGGUGGCAAGAUCAUGAACCCAAAUGACCCUGAAGAGAACCCUGAAGCCUUUCGAUAUGGAACCGCAGACUCCAAAAGCUUUGAUGCUUCUCCAUUACACUUAGCUAGCACUUCGCCAAAGCGACGUCAAUACGAGAGACACCAAUCAGAUGUUGCAGAGCGUCAUGGCUAUCCCAUGUAUUCACCUUCUCGCUAUGAUUCAGGAGCCCGAAAGGUCAUGCAUGGCUCUCCAAUUCAUGGACAUACUUCAUACGGGAGAGACAUGCAGUCACAGGGAAAUAGUGGCUCCUCUCCUUUGAGGGUGAGGAAGAGCUCAAGGGAUGGUGGCCAUGGGCUUUCUCCGACCUCUCCUGUGCGUUUUAGAUCAAAAGGUGGCAAUUCACGAGAUGAUGAUCAGCUUGAAAGUGUUGCAGCUGUUCCAAAGUUUGGAGCUUGGGAUGACAGGGAUCCUACCUCAGGUGAUGGUUUCACUGUUUUGUUCAACAAAGUGAAAGAAGAAAGGCAGAUCAGAGCUGCAAAACCCCCUGUAAUACCAACCAAACCAGUUGUUUAUCCAACCAGUUAUAAAAAGCACAAUGGCUCUACGAGAUCAUCAAUAUGUUGCUGCUUUUCACCAAGAAAUGACUGAUCUUUGAUGAUGAUGCGUAUGCCUGAAAGCUCUGUGGCAGGGUUAGGAAGUCAGCCCAUCAUUGCGCCUAUUACUCAUCCUUAAGGAUGGAAAAUUAUUUACUAUUCUUUAAAUUUGUGUUCUGUUCAUAGAAAGGUGUGGCUGAAGCUGUUGGUAUGAUAUUCAUUACCAGUGAAAAGAAAUUCAUGCUCAAUGCAAUCACUAUUGAUUUCCCUGUUAUAAUAAAAGAACCUCCUUUUAAUAUGCA